UGUUAUCUGUGGUGUGUAGCGAAUCUCAAGGUCAAGUCAAUACAUCUUGCCUAGAAACUGCACAAAUAUUGGUUUUUGUUUUGUUUUAGCCUUUAGGUUCUACAGAUUUGUCUCUGGUUCUAUGAAUCUUGUUGUAUAACAAUUCAAAUUCAAAAUAACAUUUUGAAUUUUAAUACAUAAUGGACAGUGCAGAAGAGGGUUAUAUUUCUAUUCUUACAAUGGAAAGAUGUGAAAAAUUCAAAUGUAAUAUUUGUAAUCGAUAUCUUUCUGUUGGACCAAUACUUUUCAAUGAGACUGUAGGAAAGGUAUGUGGUAGGUGUGUUGGGAAGGGAGAGACCAAAAAAUUUGGUAAGAUAACCUUUGAAAGUCAAAAAGUUUAUGAAGAAAUCGCUGAACACAUCGUUUUUCCUUGUUCAUUUCGAGAAAAAGGUUGUGGAGAAUCAUUGAAAUGGAAUAGUACACAUGAGGAUUCAUGCCCUUACAAGGAUAACAAAUGCCCAUUCGGACUAAAUGUUCUGGCACAUAAUAAUUGCUUAUGGAAUGGAGAUAAUAAGUAUUUAUCCAAUCAUUUGACAACAGGUCAUAAAGACAGUUUUUAUGAAUUGUCUAAUAUAUCAACAACUUUUCCAUGCAAUCUACAAAAUAGUAUAAUGUUAUCAUUGUUUGACGAUAACCUUAUUGUGGCUAUGUUGUCUGUAUCCAAUGAUUCAAAGAGUAUCGCCCAUAAAUUAUGGAUGGAUAUUCCUUAUAUUAAGUGUAAAUCAUUCACAUAUGAUCUUGAGGUGUCUAAUGAAAAUGGGAAACAUCAUAUGACUUUCCCUGAAAAUGAAAUCACUCCAUUAUAUAAUUCAGUGUUCACUAAUAAUUGUGGUGAAUAUGAAUUUGAUUUAAAUAUUGAUGGACUUCUAACAUUAUUGAAAAGCAAAGAAAAAUUGAAUUUUUGGUUUAAAAUCAAACCACCUCAGCUCAAUAAAUUAAUGAAUUCAGGAACAGAAUUUUCAUUGGGUAAUUCCAUCGUAUUUGACUGGAAAUGUUCAAAUUGUAAAAAAAUGCUUCACUCUCCUAUAUAUCUGUGUUAUAAUAACCAUAAUUGUUGUUAUGAAUGCUACCAAAAUAUAAGCUACUGCUUUUGUGGAGUCAGUGUUUCGAAAUAUAAAAAUGAUCUAUUGGAGAAUCUGUCCAAAGUGUCAUAUUAUAUUUGUAAAAACAAAGAACAGGGAUGCUCUGCUCUAUUAACUUCGGAACAGUUGACUUUUCAUGAAAACAAUUGCAAACUAACAGAGAAAUUAUGUAUGAUAGAAGGGUGUAGCUGGACUGCAAAUAAUGUUAAUAUGUUGAAACAUGUGAUUGACAAACAUUGCCCAAUCAGUUUAGAUGAAGCAAUUACAUUCGAAUUUGAAAAUAUAAAGAAGAGCUUCUACAUGAUUUUUGAUGAACAUAUUUUUGUAUUUACAAUUGAUUACAUACCUAAAGAUUCCCUCUCAAUAACUUGUCAGUGUGUGGGAGUAACGACAGUAAAGUACCUCUUUGAAUUUGAAAUUUUCAGUGAUUUCUUGAAACUGGAAUGUAAUCAUUUUUGUGAACCUUUUUUUUAUGGAGACAAUAUAAAGCAACCUCAGGCCAUUGUUUAUCCAUUUGACUUUCUGAAAAAAUUCCUAACAGAACCAAAUAAAUUCUCCUUCAAAAUCAGGAUAUUAAAUGCAACAAAUGAUGGUUGAUUAUGAAAAAUUUGUUGGAGUUGUUUCUAUUUUAAGAUAUUAAAGUUUAUAACAAA